GACGACAAAAUGCCGUUCAUGAUAUUUUUUGUAGCAACCCUUGCAUUGGCUUCACAACUCGAUGCGAACGAACAUUUUCUUGAGGAUAACCCGGAGCUGGGAACUUACCAGAACAUCGAACAGUGCUUUUCUGGUGAGGUAACCUUGUACAUGAUGUUCCGAAACUUCGAAGAGGACCGUUUCUUCGGAGGCACCUCAAAGUGCGUUUCUGCUACGCAGAAGACUGCCGUCGUUCGAGACUCAGUUCGUACGAGCGUCGGCUACGGCAAGACCAAGGUGCCGAGAAGACUGACAUUUCACUCAUCCGCCGGCUACACCAUGAAGAAUGUUGCUCGCGAGCAACUAUUAGAUGAACCCACCGAGAGUUUUAACUUGACCGGGGUCUACAUUGACUGCGAGAACUGCCACAUCGUGAGGCACAGCUACGUCGAUGAAGGAGCUGGAUGCAGCUACUGGGUGCCGGAGGACAAAGUCACAGAAGAGAACAGUUGCUGCCACUUCGUGUUCGACCUACUGUGUGGAACCCAUAAGUACCAAGUCUACGACGACUGCCUUCAAUGA